GCCUGACAGCCCCGGUUGCAAAAGCCAGAGGACAAUCUGUCCUCUUGGAGACCCCCCUGGAGUGGUGGCACAUUUGAAUCGUGCAGCAUCUUGCUUUCCUGCACCCUUGUACCUCCCUUUCCUCACACCUCUCCAGUUUGCCUUGCCUUUCCUCCUCCUAUUUCCUCAGCAGCUAUGACCAGCCUGAAGGAAAUCUGUCGUGGCCUUCCUCUAAACCCUCUGCCUGAAAACAAAGGUCGGAGAAAAGGAAUACCCCAUGCACCCGUGAGAACACCCAAUCUCACUGCUCAGGAGAAAAAGCUGGCUCUGCACAAUGCCUUGCGUUAUUUCCCACCUGAAAUCCAAAAGAAGCUGGCGCUGGAAUUUGCUGAAGAGCUCAGACUGUAUGGCCACAUCUAUAUGUACAGAUUCUGCCCGGAUAUUGAGAUGAGAGCGUACCCCAUAGGAGAAUACCCUUGCAAGACCAAAUCAGCUGCUGCCAUCAUGCUGAUGAUCAUGAAUAAUCUGGAUCCCUCUGUGGCUCAGUUUCCUCAGGAGCUCGUCACUUAUGGAGGAAAUGGGCAGGUCUUCAGCAACUGGGCACAGUUCUGGCUGGUAAUGCACUAUUUGUCAGAGAUGACAGAAGAGCAAACACUGGUGAUGUACAGUGGGCAUCCCCUGGGGCUCUUCCCCAGCCCCCAGCGUGCUCCUCGGUUAAUCAUUACCAAUGGCAUGGUUAUUCCCAACUAUUCCUCCAGAGAUGAAUAUGAGAAGAUGUUUGCUCUGGGUGUAACAAUGUAUGGCCAGAUGACUGCAGGCAGCUACUGCUACAUUGGGCCUCAGGGAAUAGUCCAUGGGACCGUGCUCACAGUGCUCAACGCAGGCCGUCGGUACUUGAAGGCAGAGGACCUGUCUGGGAAGGUGUUUGUCACUUCUGGCCUCGGAGGGAUGAGCGGAGCCCAGGCCAAGGCUGCAGUCAUUGCUGGCUGUGUGGGGGUCAUUGCAGAGGUUGAUGAAGCAGCACUUCUGAAACGUCACAAGCAGGGAUGGCUGAUGGAAAUCUCUAACAACCUGGACCACUGCAUUGCUCGCCUUAGAGAGGCAAGAAAGAAUAAAAUUGCCCUCAGUUUGGGUUACCAUGGGAAUGUGGUAGAUCUGUGGGAGAGGUUGGUGCAUGAGCUGGACACAACAGGAGAGCUGCUGGUUGACCUGGGCUCUGACCAGACUUCCUGCCACAACCCAUUCAGCGGGGGGUACUACCCAGUACAGCUGGGCUUUGAGGAGGGAAAGCAGCUCCUCUCCUCCAACCCAGGGAAGUUCCGGACACUGGUACAAGAGAGUCUGAAGAGGCAUGUGGCUGCUAUUAACAAGCUAGCUGAUAAAGGCAUGUUUUUCUGGGAUUAUGGCAACGCUUUUCUCUUGGAAGCUCAGAGAGCUGGUGCUGAUGUUGCAAAAAAAGGAGCAAAUAAAACAGAAUUUCGAUAUCCUUCCUAUGUUCAGCACAUCAUGGGGGACAUUUUUUCCCUGGGAUUUGGGCCAUUCCGCUGGGUUUGUACCUCAGGUGACCCACAGGACCUUGCUACAACUGACUCCAUUGCCAUGUCAGUGCUGGAAGACUCCAUACGCCAGGGAGUGAGCACAUCUGUGAAGCAGCAGUACCACGACAACAUCCGCUGGAUUCGGGAAGCCGGCAGGCACAGCUUGGUCGUUGGCUCUCAAGCCAGAAUCUUAUAUUCUGAUCAGAAGGGUCGGGUGUCUAUAGCUGUGGCUAUCAAUCGAGCCAUUUCUGAAGGAAAGAUUAAGGCUCCAGUGGUCCUCAGCAGAGAUCACCACGAUGUGAGUGGGACUGACAGCCCUUUCAGGGAAACAUCCAACAUUUAUGAUGGAUCAGCCUUUUGUGCAGCCCCACUGAAGGUGUUGGAGGAAGGAGGGAGCAGCACAACACAAAAACGAGCGUGGCCCAUGAGUAGUAACACCUUUGCUCUCCUCCCAGACAUGGCAGUGCAGAACUUCGUGGGAGACUCGUUCAGAGGAGCCACCUGGGUCGCGCUGCACAACGGGGGUGGAGUUGGCUGGGGUGAAGUGAUCAAUGGGGGAUUUGGUCUGGUUUUGGAUGGGUCCAAGGAAGCUGAAGAACGAGCAAAGAUGAUGCUCAGCUGGGAUGUUUCCAAUGGAGUCGCCAGGCGCUGCUGGUCGGGAAAUGCCUUUGCUUACGAAACCAUCUGCCAAGCAAUGAAGGAGAAUGGCACACUGAGGGUGACUCUCCCUCACAAGGUGCUGGAUGAGAACAUCUUGGAGCAGGCUGUGAAACAUUAGUGGUACUCCAAGUGCAAUGCUGCUCCUGCAGAUAUAUUUGAAGUUCCUUCCUUGAUAUCCUGUUUUGCUCUCUGGCCAAAUGAUAAAAGCCUUGCAAAU